AUGGUUCCUUUAGAGCCAGCAAAUGACCUGGGAGGGAGCAUUUGCAGCACACUAAGAAAUGAUGGAUCACUGAGAAAGAAAGCAGCUGAUAUAAUGGACAAAAUUCCCGAGAAGGGUCGUAAGUUCGUUAAGGAAAAACUCGACAAGGUCAAAAGAGAAAUGGAACUGUGUGGUCCUCAAGCUGUUGUCAGCAAGUAUCGUGAAUAUGCUGAAGGAAAAGAAGAAGAUUACUUGUGGUGGCUGGAUCUACCCUUCGUGCUAUGCGUAGAAUUGUACAUAGUAGAAAAUGGUGAGCAGAGCGUGGGUUUCUAUUCGCUAGAGAUGGCUGCUGAACUAGAAUUGGAUCCAAAGCAAUAUCGUGUAGGAAUCUUUGCUGCUGAUUGUAAGAAUCUUUGCUACAUCAUACAAGCUCAAAUGGAAAUUCUAGGAAAUGAAAAUGCCUUUAUUGUUGCCUGA